AGUAGCAUCAGUAAUGCUCUGAUGAACCUACCGUCGAAGCGAAAAUUACAAAAAAACUAUUGCCGCAAUGGAUCGUUGGUUGAAUCGUGUUGCCGUCGUCACUGGAGCCAGUUCUGGUAUUGGAUCUGCCUGCUGCAAGGAUUUGGUUGCCAAGGGCAUGGUCGUUGUUGGACUGGCCCGCCGCGAGGAACGACUUCAGGAGCUUAAGGCAUCGCUACCAAAAGAUCAGCAGUCCCGUUUCCAUGGACGAAAGUGUGACGUAGCCGUCGAGAAGCAGGUUGUUGAUGUAUUCGCUUGGAUCGACAAGACUCUGGGUGGGGCUGACGUAUUGGUCAACAAUGCUGGCAUCCUUGGUAAGUAUCAAAUCACAGAUGCAAACAACUCUGCCGAUCUUCGCGCUGUCCUGGACACCAAUGUCCUUGGAGUUUCGUGGUGCACCCGCGAAGCAUUCCUCUCGCUACAGCGCCGCAAAGUCAACGAUGGCCAUGUGGUGAUCAUCAGCAGCAUUGUGGGGCAUAUCGUGCCAGUGGUAGAAGGCCUAAACUGGAACAUGUAUGUACCCUCCAAGCAUGCUAUCACCGGUCUGACUGAGGUGCUGCGACAGGAGUUUCAGCGGAAGAAGACCGGGACCAAGAUAACAAGCAUUUGCCCCGGUGUGGUCGACACUGAGAUCCUUGAUAACAUCAAAGCUGCAGUGACAGAACGCCCAAUGCUCCGCUCAGAGGACGUGGCCGAUGCGGUGACCUACUGCAUCCAGACCCCACCUGGUGUACAGAUUCACGAACUAAAAAUCAAGCCAGUGGGCGAAACGUUUUAAUUACUUGUAUAACAGCAGGCAGUUGGCUGCUUCAACACAAGUUGGGAAGGGAUUGCUGUGCUAUACAUGCACAAAACACUACAGGAUUCCCAAGGUUCAUUUCGGUUGUGUAAAUAAACGAUAAGAUUUUGAUCAGGCUUCAAGAUGUGCAAAUAAACAAAUGAUCGUAUCGUUAUCAUAUAAUAAU